AUUUUACAGAGUCUAAUCAGUUGUGCUGAGCCGUACCUGGAAGCCCUUGCACUUUGAUAGCGCAAAAGCAACUGCGACAGCCACUACCUGCGCCCUUGCAAGCGAAGACAUAGUCCUUCCUGGGCCUGCAAAUAGAUUGUAUAAUAUAAUCGGCGACAGCAACUUAGGUCAAAUAACCUCCUAUAGUGUUCGCCGCCUUAAAUGACUUGAGCUGCAAUUUCGACCACGAUAACCAAUGCUUCGACGCCCGAAACCGACAAAACCAAACGCAUGUUUAAGUACAGAUCACGCUAGUUUCGCCUCACGCCCACGCCCUUUGCCAGCCCGGGCUCGUCAUGUAGCGGUAGCUAGCACUGCGCCUGUGUCGGCUGGACAUCAAGCUCCAGUCCCGCAGCCAACCUCAUCAACUCAAAACAGCACAACAAGUAAUGGCGCAGCAAACCAUGGAGCAGCUGGCAACGGUGCCGUUGUCCAUUCACACAUGCCUUCACCCAAUGGAGGCUCCGUGGCCGAAGUUAAUAUGGGUUACUGGGAGCUGCUGAGCACUGCGGAGAGCGGCGAGGUGUUCAGCCAGCGAGCCAGGUCGGCCAGCGAUGCGGCGGUGCUCAGGCGCAAGGGACACCUCAAGGAGCAGGACCGGCUGAUCGACUUCAUGCGCCGCAUGCACGAAACCCACACGUGCGAGGAGGUGAUGCUCAAGGUGGAGAGGUGGAUCUCGGAGCACCGGCAGGACCCGCGGAGGUCGCGGCUCAGGAGGCUCAUACCGGGCAUCGGCGCCUUCUUCACCCCGCUGAAGCUGGUGGAGGCGUUCCGCGAGUACGACGCCUUCUUCGCGCUCUCCCGCCGCAAGUACAUCCCACCCAACUUUGCGGAGCUGAGGCAUGUGGUCAACAUCGCGCAGGUCCAUGCGGUGGCGGACACCCUCAAGCUCAUCACCUUUGACGCGGACGGCACGCUGUACGCGGACGGGGCUCACAUGGAGCAGGACAACCAGAUGAUCGCACACAUCAUCAACCUCAUGCGCAGCAACGUGCAGGUGGCCAUCGUCACCGCCGCCGGCUACCCGGGUGAACCCGACAAGUUCGAGAAGCGCGUGAUGGGGCUGCUGGAGGCAUUCAGGCGGUUGAAGCUGCCGUCGGAGGUGACCAACAGGUUCCACAUCAUGGGCGGCGAGUGCAACUACCUGCUGCGGGUGCGCCCGGACGACAAGCGGCUGGAGUUCGUGCCGGACGCGGUUUGGAAGACACCCGCCAUGCAGAGCUGGCGGCAGGAGGACAUCGCGGACCUGCUGGAUGAGGGGGAGGCCAUGCUGCUGGAGGGCGCCAAGCGGCUGAACCUGACGGUCAAUGUGAUCCGCAAGAGCCGUGCGGUGGGCAUCGUACCCACACAGCCCACCAUAUACGAGGUGUUGGAGGACAUUGCGCUCACGCUGCAAACGCAGCUGGUGGCGCGAGUGCCCUUCUGCGCCUUCAACGGCGGUAACGACGUGUUCGUGGAUGUGGGCAACAAGCUGCUGGGGCUGGAUGCGCUCAUGAAGUACCUGCAAGUGGGGCCGUCGGAGGUGUUGCAUGUGGGCGACCGCUUCACGGACAGCGGCAACGAUGUGGCCACCCGGGACAUCUGCUCCGUGCUGUGGGUGGCGAACCCCGAGGAGACCGGCUUCUUCAUCAAGAUGCUGCUCAAGGACAUCCGCAAGAGCCGCUGGCAGCCGUACAUCGAGUGAGGAGGAGGAGGAGGAGUGAGGAGCUGGUGAUGAUGAGCCACGGGUCGUGGGGUUGGGAGGGGUGGGACGUGGAAGGGUGUGGAAAAGGUUGAGAGGGGCUUUUUAGGCUUUGGAAACAGCAUGGUGUGUGCCCAUGAUUUGGGUGGACGAUGGAGGAAACCGCACUGUAUGAGGUGGGGAUGUGUGUGUGGGGGGGGUUGGGUGAAUCCGCGGUCUCAUCAGUGUCGUCUUCAGCAUCACUGGAGCCCUUGUAGACAUGUCAUCAGGAGCAGUAGCUAGAGCAGCGGCAGCAGCAGGAGCAGCAACAUGAUACUGUGCGCUGACAACUGAGCAGCACCAAGACAGUAACAGCAGCGGUGGUGGUGGUGGUGAUGGGAAUGGUGGGCGUCGAUGGGGGCGCACACCUGCUCAUUCAUGUGUAUUGCAUGGAGGGUGGGAGGCGGGAGCAGCAGUGGCGAGGUAGGAGGGAGACAUGAUACUAGUUAGGGUGGGUAGCAGCGUCUUUCCGUAACCGUUUUUUAGUGCUGUUUAUUAAGUGCACCCCGCGUGUCGCAGACAUUCCGUCAUUCGGAGGGCGAUUCUGUCAUUGCCCUACGACGAGUAGUUUGUCGCCACAUGCUCAGCACACUGUGGCUAUUAUUAGGACAUGUAGGCAGACCGCAGUAGCAGUUGUGUACCGGUACGUGUUUGUGGGCGCCGAACGCCGUGAAGAAGAAGAAGAAGAUUUAGCAAGGUAGGGGCUUUGCUGUCUGCAAUGUUUGUGUGUUUGGUCGGAACCUAACAUGGUGCUGGCGAGCGAGACUAGAGGCGCUUGGGGGUGCGGGCAGGAUGUGAUGCGUUUUAGAUGCGGCUGAUGUCUAUGUGCGGGGAGUUAAGGAGUUUGCCAGCAUGUCGCCAAGGUGCCCGGACGUCUGAACUGCCGCUGCAUCUGGACUGCCUUCAAUCGUUGCGGUAUUGCGCAGCGGAAGGAGAAGACAGGAAUGAAGAAGACGCGUUUGGCGUGUGCGUGCUUAGAGACAGUGUCCUGCUACGUACGCUUCAGGCAUGUGCCUGGCUACGCCCUCCUCUGCUGAGUACCGUACCUGUGUCUGAUCACCGCGCAGCAGGAAAUUUAGGGAUUAUUUAUUUUAACGCGCAGCGCUGUAAG